AUGAUUUUGAAAAUAUUCUGGUAUUUUUUCACUUGGUUAUCCUUUUAUCAGAUAUCCAAUGCUGCCCCUGUGGAAAAUAAGAUUUGGAAAGCAUUGGAGACUCAAGAUAAAAUAUGUUCCAUGAAGUAUGCACACCAUGAAGGUAGUUAUAAGAAAAUGUUCGAAACUCUUAGUGGUCUUAGUAUACCUGCCCCACUGAGAGAACACGAUAAAAAACCGUAUACUGGGUUUAAACUACUAAGAUCCUAUAAUAUACAAUUAUUAAAUUUAGGACUAUCAAGUGCAAUUCAUGUUGUUUUUUGUCGCGAGGGUAAAAUUCAAUGGAACAUAAAGCAACCACUGGAAGAUGAUAUUGACUGGACUACACCUCUAUGUGUCUAUACGCCAGAUGCUUCUGUUGACUCCACUAUAACAAGUAACAAAAAUAACAAAAAUAAUAAAAAUAAUAAAAAUAAUAAAAAUAAUAAAAAUAAUAAAAAUAAUAAAAAUAACAAUAAAAGGACUUCAAAAGAAAAAGCACUGGAAGAUUUAAACAAUUUACAUUGUUUUAAAUUGGCUAGAAGAAAAAAGUAUACUAACCGUAAAGCAUCACUUUUCUUCCCCAAAAGUUGGGUUGGCGGUAUGUUUUACUGUGAUCUUGAUGAUGACAUGAAGAGAAGAGCCUUGGAUAAUAUGGAAGGGAAUUUAAAAUUCAAAAGGAAUAAAGGACAGGAUUUAUGUAACAGACAAAAUUCCAUGCCAUUGGUGCCCAUGCAAUCCGAUGACUACAGUAAAUAUUGGGUAGAAUUCUCUAGUUUAGGCGCUAGUAAAUUUUCAACAAAAGUUUUCAAACCGCAGAUAACCAAAUAUGUUCCCUAUAUCAACACACCAAACGAUGCAUUCUCAGUACUAAAUUUUGAACAUAAUGGUAAUGUAUCAGUAGCAUCUACAGCUGCUUUAAAUUGGGGUAAACCAUUUAGAGAGCAAGCCUUAGCAGUUUUCCAGAAGAACAAGAUGUACACCAGCGGUAAAGAUCCUUGGUUUAGUGAAAUUGAAGUUGAUGAAAAAUAUCAACUUAGUUCUGAGGAUCUUUCUCUUUGGCAGACAUGGACAGACCAUGCGGCAACUAAACUUAGUAGUGUGACCAACAAACCCAGUAAAUCUUUUGUUUCAUUGACUUCGAUUGAUACAAAAAAUAAUGCCACCAGUACUAGCCAUUUAAAGGGAUUUCUAAGCAGAAUUUUGAAAAAAGUUGAAUCUAAAAUUUGGAAUCGAUUACAAUUACGUGAUAAAAUUAUAUCAGUUUUGGGUGAUGACCCUGAAAGUCUACAAUACCUACAAACGGAAUGGAAGAACUUGCAAAUGAACCGUGAAAUGUUCGACUAUUCGUACCAAUAA